CACUGUCAUCUGUCAUUGAAAUACAAAAUUUAAAAAUUUUAGUACCGUAUAAUAUAACAUUAUCAAACAAAAUAUAUUUGAAAUAAACAAAAUAACGCAAAUAAGACAUGACCCACAAAGACGUAAUACAGCAACCAAAUACGUUUAUUCCCUUUGAAGUUGUAGCUGUACAUAAUAAUGCCUCACCCACUGAGCAACAAACUACGAGCAGUUUACUGUCACCAGUUAAUGUUAAGAUUAAAAUAAAAAACAAGGACCAACUUUUAAAAGGGAAACACGGAAUUAUAUCCGUUCCAAAAUUUAACGUAAACAAUUGGCCGAAAAAACUGCGACUUGUUAGCAGCGAUCAAACCAUUAUGUCUUUCGAUCUCAUCAUGGAGCCGAAUAAAGAUGAACGAGUCAGAAAAUCGCACAGAGGACUAUUACAAAUGUUUAGACCUGGAGGAUGUCUCAGCAUUCACAACGAUGAAGAAGAAUACUCCUAUAUGCCGGGCACUUCUAACGAAUUAAAUAGAAGCUCAUCUGGACAGGAAGACUUCCAUGUUAAAACUACGAAUGAGGCAUUUUCUUUAAAAAAGAAUAUUUUUUCUCCCUCUUACACGAAUACAUUUAAAACACCUAAGCCAUUUUUGGGUAAAUGCAAACCUGGUGGCUGCCUUGAUCCACCGUUUGGUGAAGAUAAGUACAUUUACAAACCUACGUUCGAGGACAAUCAAAUUGCAGAGAAAUCUCCACAUACAAAUGAUAUAAAUAAAAUGCUGCUAGAUUCAGAUAAAAAUAAACAAGAAUUAGGAAUAAAAAAACAAACUAUGGAUCAAGAAGUAGAAGAUUUGCAUGAAUCUUACACCGAUAUGACCGAGAAUAUUGAAGAUUCAGAAUCUCUUGUUACUUACCCAUUACCAGUAUCCUCUAGUUAUAUUAAAAAUAGGGACAGUCAAAGUAAAAAGGACAGAUCUAGAAUUAACUCUGAACAAACAUCUCAAAAAUUAACCAAUGAAUUUCCUGUUUCAUUUUUUAUGCCUCCUAGAAAAGAGAAAACAAAACAAUUUAAGGCCUAUGAUGAUUACAAUGACAAGGAAACUAAGGUAAAAGAGGCAUAUAUUAACAAUGAGUAUGCAAUGCAAAGUCAAACACCUAGCGAAAUGUUAUCUGAUUCAUUGACAACGACACAUCCAUCGCGUGAAGAACCUUCACAAGACGUAACACGGGAACAAGAAACAUCUGUGAAAUCGAUACAUUCAUCGAGAAAUGAUGAUAUUUCUAAGGAACCAGUAAAAUCUGAAGGUUUAGAUUAUAUUUCUGAUAUCAAAGCUUUAAGAAAAGGUGAGGAAAUAUUUUCACAGGAACAAAUUACUGCAAACGAUAAAUCCGGGACAGGAAAUCAGAACAUAGGAUCUAAGUUGCCAGAAAGUCAUAUUGAUACAUCGUAUCAAUCUGACAAAAUGAAUUCAAUACAAAAGAUGGAAGUAGAAAACAUAGUGAGUGAGGAUAAAAAUAUAGAACCUGAAAAAAAACACAGUUCAGCAAAUGUUAAGUUAAGCAGUGAAAAGUUAAAAAUAAACUCACUUUCUGAAUUAAACAAUCAUUCAGAUAAUUCAGAAAUAAAUAGUGUUGGUGACAAACCUGUGGAAGGAGAAACUGGAUUACGCAACGGAAUUAAUAAUCUUUUAGACCCAAUUGAAAAAGAGAAAUUUAAAAAGAAUUCUUUGAAAUAUGAAACUUCAAAAGAUUUUGGGGUAAACGUUGGGAAGCAUGAUUCAAAAAACCUAAGCAAGCCUAAUUUAAAAUUCAGCCAUGAAGAAUUAACUAAAACAUCAAUUGAUGAUCCAAGCAAAAUUUUAACAUACUCAAGUAGUGAAAGCAUUGCUGAUAAAGACAUUAAAAUAGAAAAUCAACUACGUGAUGGAGUUGAAAGUAAUCUAGAUCCAGCGCUAAAUGAAAUGUUUGAAAAAGAUUCUCUUAAAUACAAAGCUUUAAGACAUUCUAAGGAAAUAAUUACAAAUGAUGACACUAUAAAAGUAAGAAAAUCUAAUGUAAAAUUAAGCAAGGAAGAUUUAGCUGAAAUAUCGAUGGAUCAAUUAAACAGGUUUUCAAAAGAUCUAAAGAAUGAAAGUAUAACUGACAUCAACGUUAAAAGAAAAUCUCAAUUGCCUAAUAAAACGAGUAGCAUUUCAGAUCCAAUGCAAAAAGAUGCUUUAAAAUACGAAGCUGUAAUAGAUUCUGGCCCAAAAAUCACAAAUGAAGACCCAAUACAAAUCGAGAAAACUGAUUUAAAGUUAGGCCAGGAGGAAAUAACAAAAAUUUCAAUUGAUCAAUUAAGCAAGCUCAUUGACCAGGCAGAAAAUGAAAUUAUUUCUGACACAAGUGCUAAAAGUGAAAUCCGAUUAACUGAUGAAUUGAGUAAUUUGUUACACCCAGCCACUAAAGAAGUAUUUGAAAAAGACUCUUUAACAUACAAAGAUUUAAAAGAUUCAAGUAAAAUAACUUUACAAAGCAGCGACGGGGAUGGCAUUAGUAAUAUUAAAAAUUUUGUUCCCUUACAAAAGAAAUCAUUGGAUUCUAAUGACAAUUCUGAAGUAAAUUUAAAAGAGCCAACUAAGAACCUAGACGAAAUUAUAACGUUGCCAACAGAAAAAUUAGUAUUUCAGAAUAAAACAAGUGUAAAUGAAGACUUUGAGAGACAUUCUGAAAGUUCCAAUAAAAUAAAUAAUAAAGUCUCAGAUAUCGCAAUAAAAUCAUUGUCAUCUAAAAUAUCACUUAAUGAGGUAAAUUCUCAGAAAACUGCUGACUUAAAUUUGGAAAAUCUUAGUAAGAAAAGCUCAAAAUCUAUCGUAUUUGAAAAACCACUAAGUGCUGGUUCUGAUGAUUUGAAAGAAACAGCUCUUGAAAAUAAAUCAUCGACAUUUAAAGACUUACCAACAAACAAUAUCGAUUCUAAAAGUAUGUUAAUAUCUUACGAAGAAAAUCACGACAUAGAUAAUGAUAAAAAUGGAAGUCUUCGUAACAUAUCAUUAAAACAAGAAAUAAAUCAAUCAAGUUCUCAUCAUUCAAGAGACAGUCAAUUAAGUCUUUUAAAAAAGCUCAGUUCUCUACCACAAAUUCAAAAUUCAGAAGGCAUACCGUACGAUAAUGUUCAAGAUAAAAAUACAUUCGACAACUCCUCUCAUGAAUUUACUGAUUCUAAUAUUUUACGAACUGGCCAAUACUUAAAUAAUACUCCAACAAAAAUAAAAGACGGCGAUAGAGAAGGGAUUGAUUUAAAACAAAAUAUACUUCAUAAAGGUCUGGACAAUAAUUUGGAUGAAUGGACAAGGAAGGAUGAAAAGUCCUUUCAAAAUUAUGUUACAAAUAAUGUUAACGAAGAUAUUUUAAGUACAUCUCAAACCAAUGAUUUCAUUGAAGACAGCACUCAAUUAGAUAAAGGUCCGAGAGAAACAGUCGAUCAUGAAUUAAUGUCCCUCAAAUCUGGUAAUAGGGACCAGGGAAUUAGUAAAGAUUAUGCAAAAUCACAAGUUUAUGACUCGUCAAGUGACAUAAAACACACAAGCUCUUCUAUAUUCCUCAAUUUUGCCUUCCACUCGUUAGCAAACGAAUUUGGCUACACCAUUACAACAUUAGAUCCUACAACAGAUUUAACUGUAUACCCACAAAAUAAAAUAACUACCAUUAAAACUGCUCUUAAAGACAAUGAUAAAGAAAUUAGAAUAAGGAUGGAUUCCGAAACCGAUAUUAUAAUUCAAAUAAAAAGGAACCAUAAGCGUAACGAAGGGUCUAAAAGCAUCGUAUCUAUUGAGGGAAGGGAUUUGAUGCGUGGAUACUGUUCAGAAACAAUAAUCAAUAAGGAACAAUUUUUAAAAAAUACUCUUAAAACAGUUUAUGACACUUUGGUGCCGAUAGAAAAAAUAAUAUCCAAUCUUAAGGAAGAAGCAGAUGUGCUAUAUCGGGAACAAUUAUUACUGAGAAAAAUUUUAUCAUCGAGGGAAAUGAAGUCUAAAAGAAUUAUCCGCACUAAUAAAAAUUGUAGCUGCCUAGAAAAGGAAAUGGGAAUCAAGUGAAACGUCAACAUAAAUACACAAUCUGGGAACAUUUCAAAUGUCAAAUUUUAAUGGCUCCUAAGAUUCAAUUUGGUGACAGGACAGUUUAGACAGCUGGACACAUAAAGAAAUUUUAAUCAUAGGUUUUACAUUUUUGGAACGGAACCCUAAAAAUGCUUUUGACAAAGAGUUAUCCGAUCAAAACAUUAGAAUAUUAAAUGAAUAAUUAAAUAGACAAAUAGAUUA